ACAAUAACUCACCAUGAUGGAAGACACUAGCUCUGACAAUUUCAAAAAUGUCAUUACCAAAGAACCAGAACAUAUCAAGCCAGAAAUGGUGAUUGAAAACUUUGCCAAAUCAUACCCAAUUCCUGUGCCCAACACCUACCAGCGAGUCAUCACCAAACUCGGUAGGAUUUUUGGUACCUGUGGUGUAUGCUGCUUCUUGUGCUCCAAUCCGUACGAAGAAGUCCAACAAGGUGAAGUAGGUUUAAUUAGGCGGUUUGGUGCAUUACAAAGAACUGUUGAACCAGGUUUAUCGUACGUUAAUACUUGGUCUGAGAGGUUGACCCGGGUAUCGGUCAAGAUAACUAUUGCCGAUAUUCCUGCCCAAAGCUGCUUUACUCGUGAUAAUGUCAGUGUGGUGAUCACCUCAGUGGUGUACUACAACAUCAUUGAUCCGCAAAAGGCCAUUUUCUCGAUUGCCGACAUCCAUACUGCUAUUAUGGAAAGAACCCAAACCACCUUGAGAGACGUCAUUGGUAACCGGGUGUUGCAGGAUGUGGUGGAGAAACGUGAGGAAAUCGCUGUGGCCAUCGAGAGUAUCAUUGCCAAAACCGCUUUUGACUGGGGUGUUAACAUAGAGUCAAUUUUAAUUAAAGACUUGAGCUUACCUCCUAAAGUCCAGGAAUCAUUAUCAAUGGCAGCUGAAGCCAAGCGGAUUGGUGAAAGUAAAAUCAUCAAUGCCAAGGCCGAAGUAGAAAGUGCCAAGUUGAUGAGAAAAGCGGCUGAUAUUUUGGCUUCAAAGCCUGCUAUGCAAAUCCGGUACUUGGAUGCCAUGCAAUCUAUGGCCAGGAAUGCCGGAAGUAAGGUGAUUUUUAUGCCUUCAUCCAAUGAGGUUGAGAGAAUGGCUUCCAGUAUUUCAGGACAGGUACCGACCGGCCAGGAAGAAGUCUCUGAGAAUUUGACAGGUUCGGGCUUGGACCCCAGAUCCAUUGAGAAUAACAUCUCGUUGCAGGAAGCCAUCAGAAAUUAAAGAGACCCUUUGACUUGUAAUUCUCCAAGGCCAUUGAGUGUGCCAGUGUUAUUAAAUUAGAUUUUAAGUAUGCAAUUGAUAUUCAGAAGCAUAAUACAGUGGAUUCUAACCGCUGAUGAAAUUGUUUGUUUUAACCAUAGUUCUAAUCCUCUCACUUUUGAUACUCACUACAGCAUUUUGACGCGCUAAAAUUUGUCAAGUACAGAUCACCAGUGGUUUUAUAGACAUAUACAAUGGACGGU